AUGAGACUGUGGCUAGUGAGCCUACACAUUCUCCUGGUGGGUUCAAAUCUCUGGGCAUCUGCCCACUUCCACGAGGAUCUGGAGGAUAACGAGUUUGCCGAGUUUGAGGAUUUUGACGACGUGCAGACGCACCACCACCAGAAGAAGAACAAGCCCCUGGAGUCCUCUCCCUCCUCCUUCUCCCCCUCCCCUUCCCCCUCACCUUCCGAGGAGAUGUUUGAGGAGGACGACGCCCUGGUGGAGGACGACGUGGACUCCGAGUUUGAUCACUUCCAGGAUGAAGAAGAAUUUGAGGGUCUCGAGUCGACCCCCAGGGGUGGAAAUGGCAAGCAGGAGGAGCCCUCGACCCUGACGAUAACCAAAGUUCCGUUGCACUUGCGAGCCAGAUGGGACAGCUUUUAUCUGGAGAUCCUCAUGGUGACAGGUCUCCUCGUGUACUUUAUAAAUUACCUUGCUGGAAGAUCGAAAAACCUCCGGAUCUGCGAAAAGUGGCUACAGGACAACAAGAAAAUUUUGAGGGAUAAUUUUUCACUCGUGGGUGACACUGGUAUAAGCAUCGAGGAGGACGACAACAACGGUCUCGUCAAGGAGUCAGAGUCCCAGUACGAGAUUUACUGCUCUGGAAGGGUGGGCUGUGACUCCAUGCUCAUAGAAUUAAAACUAAUAAAACGACAGGAUUUGGUGGCAGUUCUGUCUCAAAUCUUGAGGCCCCAGAAUGAUCAGGCACUUCUUAAGAUUGAACUCUCCAAAGACGAGAGUGAUAAUUUUGUCCUAGCUGUUGCUACUAAAAAGACUGCAAUGCAUCUGACCAAGGAUAUUGCGGAUAUCGCGACUUACUGCCCUGAAAAAAGGCCUGGGGACAAGUUUGGACUGCCUCCAGGGUUUUUCGUCAUGUCAGAGAUUGCGGAGGCAACCAGUGCCAUUUUAGAUGCCAGAGUUCUGCAGGCGAUUAAUAAGUAUGCACAGCUAGUGGAUUAUGUACAUAUCAGCGAUCAAUUCAGUGGACCUAAGCAGCAGGAAGAGAGUGGACAAUUAGCAAUGCCAGAUGUCAAACGAGUUCUUCUCAUUGGAUUGAACAUCAGUAUAAAGGGUAAACUACUUACAGGUGAAAAUCAGGAAAAAAUGAGACAAUUAUUGCAGCUAUCGUUCUAUCUUUUGGAUAAGUUGAGAAGAUUUAAACUGUCGAAAGAGGGAAAGACGAAAUCCGACAAAAAUCGUUUACGAGUCGAGGAAGCAUUCCUAAAAUCGACCCAUGCAGCUCGUGCAGAAGCAGCAGCCCAGAAACGCGAAGAGAAGAGACGUGCAGAGAAGGAGAGAAUCCUUCAGGAAGAGGAUCCUGACAAGCAGAGAAAGUGGGAGGAGAAGGAGCAGAAGAGAUUAGCCAAAAAGAGGGCACCCAGAAUGAAGCAGCUUAAGGUCAAGGCAUUGUGA